AUGAUGCCUUCACUUGAUGAGGAUGAAUUCAGUGUGCCACUCCCGAAAAGGCAAAAACGAGUCCCUGAGCAUCGGAGCAUCUCAAAUUCGCGAAAGACACUUGAGUCCAGAAUAUUUUCACCAUAUCGGACACUUGGGCUCGUCUCACCCACAACUGUUCCUUUCACGUAUGUGCGCUUGGGGAAAAGUACUUUUCAGAUCACGACCUGCGUGGGCCGCGCUUUGCACACCUAUGAUCUACGCCGAGGGCUGAGUUUGAUUUUCAUCAGCCGGCCUCAAACGCCAGAGGCCAUAACUGCUACCUUUGCGUGGCGUGAGAAGGUCUUUGCAGCGUGGGGAAAUCUGAGACCUGGGACAUGUGGAGGAAUAUGGGUUUUCAAACGCGGCAAAAAGGUUGCUGCAUUAGAGCUGCCUUCAGGUCGAGCUGAGCCUAUCAUCAAAAUACUUGUUUUUGGCGCUUGGAUUGUGGGUUGUACUGGCAACAGAAUUGAAGUCUGGAAAAAUACGACCUACGAACACUACACGAGUUUGAUUCCUCGCGGAAUCGAAGCGGUAUCUGGAGACCACAUCUACGGCGGUCAAAUGUGCAGUAUGCCGACGUAUGUCAAUAAGGUGCUCAUCGGAAGGGCUGACGGCUGUGUGGACAUCUGGAAUGUGAGAACCGGAGCGCUACUUCAUACCAUUCCUCCAGCAUUGCCAAAUGCUGGGGCUGUGACUGCUCUGCAGCCCACUCCUGUGCUAUCUCUUAUUGCUAUUGCUCAUGCGGAUGGCUCUCUGUUCAUCCGUAACGUCGAUACCGAGCAGAUUAUCUUGUCAUUGCACUCGGAUUCCUCGCACAUCACAUCACUCGCCUUCCGGACUGAUAGUCUAGGCGCUGGCGCAGAUGGCCAAUCUCCGGGCGUCUUAGCAACAGCUUCUGUGGAUAGUGGCGAUAUCACUUUGUGGGAUUUGAACAACGCAGGGUGUGUCACGGGCGUCCUUCGGAACGCCCACAGAACAGUUCAACAUGAAAUAGCGUCUGGCAUAAAUUGCGUGGAUUUCUUGGAUGGACAACCUUUGUUGGUAUCGACUGGAAAAGAUAACUCUCUCAGAACCUGGAUAUUCGAUGAGACGCCAUUUUCACCCAUUCCGAGACAACUUCAUUUCAGAAGUGGUCAUUCGGCUCCUGUCACAGCGUUGAGUUUCUUGCCCUCGGCAUCGGAUGGCUCGGAAGCCAAUGGUAAAUGGCUACUGAGUGCGAGCAAGGACUGCAGCUUAUGGGGACUUAGUGUCCGAAAAGACAGCCAAAAUACUGAAAUUUCGCAGGGCGCAGUUGAGAAGAAAGCCAAGAAAGUGUCUGCUUCAGGUCCUCUAAGCUUAGGCGUGCAGCAUCGCACACAGGGUUUCAGAGCUUCAGAGAUAAGCUGCAUUGCAUGCUCACUAAAUCACGAUGGCGGCAUGGGUGUCACCACAUCUGGUCCGGUUUGGGCUAAUCCGAGAGUAACAGACGCGGAUGCUUCGAACAAGACUGGAUGGGAGAGUAUAGUCACUGGUCACCGUGGGGACAAGUUCGCACGGACUUGGUUUUGGGGUAGGAAAAGAGCCGGGCGCUGGACUUUUGAAACAGGUGACGGAUCUGCCGUGAAGAGCGUCGCUAUCACACAAUGUGGGACUUUCGCUCUCAUUGGGUCCAGUAUGGGAAGUAUUGAUGUGUUCAAUCUGCAGUCCGGCCAGCAUCGACAGAGUCUCCCGGCUCGCGAGUUGAAAGGAAAGCGAACUGGCGAUCUGGAUCUAGCCAACGGUUCUCAAGAAAAGAAAAUUGGACAUACAAAGGCAGUCACGGGUUUGGUAGUCGAUUCCUUGAACCAGACUGCCAUAAGCUGUGGGCUGGAUGGGAAAGUCAAGUUCUGGGACUUUCAUUCCGGGCUACUCCUGGAGGAGCUUGAUUGGCACCCAAUGACAGCAAUCACUGGUCUCCGUUAUAACAGCAGCAGCGAGUUGGUCGCGUUCAGCUGUGAUGACCUCUCGAUUCGUGUGGUUGACAUCCAAACGAGAAAACUCAUACGCGAAUUCUGGGGUUGCGUGGGUCAGAUCAACGACUUCAUUUUCUCUAACGAUAGCCGGUGGAUCGUGGCUGCUUCUAUGGACUCACGUGUCCGCGUUUGGGAUUUGUCAACAGGACAUCUCAUUGAUAUUUUCCGAGUGCCUAGCACCUGUACCUCGCUGACCAUGUCAUCAACUGGGGAGUUUCUAGCCACGGCCCAUGCGGAUAGUGUCGGUAUCCGUCUCUGGACGAAUCGGAGUCUGUUCAUUCCCAUUUCGACCCAGAAUCUGGACGAAUCCAGUUUCGCGGAUUCUCAUAUCCCUAGCACAUCCGCGGAAGAAAGCGCUGGAUCUUUUGAGGCUGCAUUUUCCGAGGAGCAUUACCAAAAUGAGGCAGAGGGGCCAGUGCUAUCUGACGAACAAUUGAGUAGAGGCAUGGAACGCAACAAGCCAAAAGAUCCUCCCAAGGCACCCCAGAAAGUCCCAUUCUUCCUGCCAUCUGUUUCUGAGAAAAAGAGCCUCAACGCCGACAGAAGUGCGGCGUUAUUGCCUGAAAACACGCUCGCCGAACGCUCAAGGAUAGCCAGAUAUCAACGAGCUCAGAAUGUGGACGAAUCGGGCUCUUUAUUCACAGUCCUUCUGCAUUCAGGUCGUCAGUCUGACGAUUUUGCACCUUUCACAGAUUAUUUGAAGACUCUAUCUCCGGCAAAGACUGAUCUAGAGAUUCGAUCUCUGGAUCUGCGAGUAAACGAUGGUCAUUCUGAGCUGUCGGCUUUCGUCAUGGCACUGACUACGCGUCUCCGACUCAGGAAAGAUUUUGAGCUUGUCAAUGCUUGGAUGGCAGUAUUUCUGAAAAUACAUGCUGAUAUUGUCAGAAAAUGCUCCGAGUCGACAGCGAAUGGCCACGAAGAGUUGAGAAAAUCUCUUGUUCAGUGGAGUGAGGAACAGCAGCGGGAAGCCAAACGCUUAGCUGAUCUAGUUGGAUACUGUCGAGGUGUGGUGGGAUUUAUAAGAUCAUCACGUUAA